GGCAUCAGUCGCAGGGAGCGACUGGGAGCCUUGAAGGUGGCGACUGCGGCGGCGCUGGUGGCAGUCCCGCUAUCCCAGUGGAUCCUGGAGUAAAGACGCAACAGCUCUUGAGGCUACUGAGUGUUGUCUGGUUAGAAUGCCACAGCACAGUGGCCCACGAUGAAGAGUUCACAUGAACUGUGGCUUCGCCAAUCUCUCCUCCCUUGAUCGCCUUUUCGGCAUAAGGUGGUCUGAGGACACCAUGACAGUCACGGUGGUGUAUGAUAACUCUGAAGCUACAGAGCUCUGUGCAGCUCAACACCUCUACCUCAAGCCCAUAGCAAAAUUGAUGAUCAAUGUAUUGCUCCCAGAGAGUGUAGAACAUGUGAGGCCCUUUUCUAACUGGGAAGUUCUUGACCAGCUGAAGAGCCUGAUUUGCCCUGACCAGUUCACCACAGUGCGGCUAUCAAAGAGUACAAAGGACUUUAUCCGAUUUGAGGGGGAGGCUGAAACCCGAAGUUUGGUUCAGAUCCUGAAGGCAAAGUUGCAUGGGAAGAUCAUCAAGCUAAAUGGUUUGAAAAUGGACUUAAAAGUAGUGGCUACAGAUGCCCAGGGAGAUUGGGAACAAUUCCCCAAGGAAAAAGGGGCCUCACUGAGUGAUGGGGCUGAAGAGCAGGACGUCGAUAAAAACCCAGAUUCCAUAUACUUUGAAGGCUUGCCCUGUAAGUGGUUUGCACCCAAAGGUUCAAGUGGGGAAAAGCCAUGUGAAGAGAUCCUUCGAGUUGUCUUUGAAAGUUUUGGGAAGAUCAAGAAUGUGGAUAUUCCUAUGCUUGACCCCUACAGGGAAGUGAUGACUGGUGGAAGCUUUGGGGGUUUUAGCUUUGGCUUGCAGACUUUCGAGGCCUUUAUACAGUACCAAGAGUCAACUGACUUUGUAAAAGCCAUGGAGUCCCUUCGAGGCAUGAAGCUGAUGCUUAAAGGAGAUGAUGGGAAAGCUCUGGCAUGUAACAUUAAGGUUAUGUUUGAUACAACCAAACACUUCAGUGAAGGAGCUAUAAGGAGGAGAAAUCAGGAAAGACUAAAAUUACAAGAACUGGAGGAAGAAAGGAAAAAAGAAAAGAAAAGAGAAGAGGAAGUGGCUGAAAGAAAAAGAAAAGAUGAGGAGAGGAAAGCCCAGGAAAAGAGGAAGAAGGCCAGGGUCAGGAAGCGAGCCCUGAAGGAAAGGGACAGACACCGACAAAGGAAACAGAAGGACAAAGGCAAAGCUGAGGCACCUCAGGAGCCGGACUCUUCAGAGGAGUGGGAGGAGAGGAAGUACCUGCUGGCUCAGAGGCGGGGGGGGGGCCUUCGGUUGCUGCGGGUACUCCUGAGGAAAAUUGCAGGAUCCACACAGUUUAACCCACAGGAGGUGGACGAUACAGGCCCCAAAGGUAAUCAUGUUCCAGGGAAGACAUUUGAAACUCUGGAAGAGGAAGAAUUAAACAUUCAGCAUCUUCCAAAUCAGGAGGAAAUGCCCGAAUAUGAGGUCACAAAGUCAGACAAUAAACGGAAACAGAAAAUGAAGAAAAGAACUAGGGCUCACUUACAUAUAUCUUCCCACCACCUUGGGAAAAAAAAAUUAAGAUACUCACCUAGAAAAGAGAGAACUGGAACAUUAUUAACUGAUGGGUACAAUUAUAAUUUGUCUUCUGACCAGAAUUCCUUGCAGAUUACAACGAUUCAGGAUCAGUCUCUUGAGAAAGACCACUACCGUUCUGAUAAAUCCUGUUCUUCUGCAUUAUCUGAGAGAGACUGUGACAGGAAACAGAAGAUCUAUGAAACAGAUGAGUUUAUUGACUAUCUGUUAAACUAUUAUCAAACUCCAGAAUACGCCCGUGUCUGCCUAGAACCAGCUCACAUGGAAAGCCCAUGCCAGUGGGAGAGGGAUGUCCAUACUAAGGGAAGUGGAUUUCAGAUCCAUUUGAGAAGACAUAGGCAUCACUCAACCAGUUUGAACCAAAUGCAAAACCUGGAAAGGAGAGAACAGUAUCAAGAAGAUGAUUACUGGUCAAACAUUUGUGCUCAGGAUCCUGAGCAUAAACCACAAAAGAGAGAAAAUGUGGGUUAUGCCCAGGAAUCAACUGAUGAGUUUCAAAAUGAUUGCAAGGAUACAGCCAGUGAAGCUGGUGAUCAGCUGUCCCCAGGUGGUGAAAAGAGCCAUCUGUUGGAAAAGACUUACACUCACCAGGUGAGAGGUUCCGAAGCCACAAGGAAAAGCCAAGUUUCCUCACCCUGCAGGUCGGUAAGCUUAGAGUUGCAGUUGACAGAUUUCUUAGAGGAGAUCAGUAGUGAUUCUGAAUGCUUCAGUGAAACCCUUAGUGUAAACAAAGAGGAGGAAGAGAAAUCCGUGGCCACAUAUCAUAGCUCCCCAGAAAAAGGAUCUCUUGACACUGAUGAAAUCCUCACUUGCAAACAAGAAACUAGGUCAAGUCAGCAGAUCUUAUAUUCAGAGUGGAAACAUGAUGGAGAGGAAAAAUACUCUAAAUACAAGCUUAGGACACCAGGCAAGAGGUCCAAGUAUGAACUGAGAUAUUCAUGGCUUGAAAGCGAAAACAGUUCCAUUAGAGAUGAGAACAACAGCAAAAAGAGGGAAAAAGUAGCCCCCAAAUACUUGUUUGAUGAAGGCUAUUACUAUGAAUCCAGUUCUGGUGAUCUGUUAGAGGACAUCACAAGAAAGCGGAGGAGGUUUAGCAGCAGGACAUUUAACCCGAAAGUGAACUAUAGACCUUCUCGUGUGCCAAUAACAUCAUCCAAAAGUGCUAAUGCUUUCUAUUUGGGAGAUGGUACCAAAAGAAGAGAGACUCUGUGGAAGUCAGAAUAUUACCAGGAUGCAAGAAGGCUUCAAAGACAUGAGAAUUCUAAAGAUUUCAUGCUCAGUUCUGGUAAUUAUUAUAUUAGGCAUAACGUUCAGGAGCACAUUGACUGUAGAAGCUAUGUAGGAAACAACUACACUAGCUCUUUAUAUUUUCAAAUGUUUUAAUGGCCAUUAGACCAGGAACACUCUUGUUCACAAGAGACAAUUCACAAGGAAAAACCAUAAAACCAAAUAUAGCUAUGUAGUUAGCAACUACAGAGCAAGAGAGAAGGAUUUAAACGCUUGAGCAGGGUCAAAUGCAAAACCUAGUGUCUCUUGCCAAAGUUUAAAGCAUAGAUCACAGUGACUGCAGGUGCGUUGGCAAGUUUUGGAAAUACGAAACAUCCAGAUUCUAAAGUUGAGUAAAACAAUGCACUUGCUAAACUUCUGGAUCCAAGGACAGAUGUUUCUCCAGUUUGAUUGCAACUUUAAUUUGGUGCCAGCGAAGGAGCAGAUUACCAUCGAGAAGGGUUGAGAUAGCCCUCUGUGGCUCUUUAGCUGUCAUAACAUCAUCAUUUGGUAUCAUUUAUCUUCAAAGAGGACAACAGUGAAUGAAUAGGAUCUUUCACCUGCUAGAUUUGGUCGGAAAUAUCAUGCGUAGUAACAAAUGUUUCUGACUUUUGUAGAAAUAUUUAUAGAUAAAAAAAGAGAUGACAGCUAGAACAUAUAAAAGACUUCUUCAUGACUAAGAGAGCUUCAUGAACACCCACCAGAGGAAAUUAAUCAUAUUCAUAUGGUCAUAGUACUCAAAGAGCUGUCCUUUUCAGAGAAAAAGUCUUGGAGAAGAAUUGUAAAAGGGGCUCAGAUUGUCUUUGUAUGUUUAAAUAGAUAAGGGACCAUUAACAGAGUUUCAUUUUGUUUUAAGAACCCCAUGUCUUUUCAUCCCAGAAAAGCAACAGGUUUGAAGUGAUAUAACCAGUGGGAUUGACGAAAGGAAAUAUUGAAAGAUCCUCGGGGACCAAUGAUGGCAUUUGGAUGGUACAGUAUUCCAUUUCAGGUUAUGUAAUCCUUUCACUCAGGGUUGGGUGACAUCAGUUUGUAAAAAGUCACUGAAUAUCCCCAAAUUGACUUUUAUAACACAGUAACAAGUGCCUCCCUAAUCCCCAAUAAUGCCAUGGAGUUAGGAAGAAUCAAGAGAAAAGCCCAUAGUUUUCUAGCUGGGGAAAAAAUUAUACGUGUGUAGGAUUUGUAAACUCAACAUAAGCAAUUUAUCUUUUUAUCUACUGGUUUUGGACUUCUUAAAUAUGUUUUUAAAUUGAGAUAUUUUAUAGAUUCUUAAAGAUUUACAUCUCAGCGCAGUGCAUGUUCUAGAGAGAGCUUGGCUGAUUCAUUCUGCCUUAUACUGGAUUUAGGACCUCAGGAGCUGUAGAUGACUUUUCCCCCACCCAACAAAGCUAUACCUAACUUGGCAAGUGAAGAUAUGAAUGAGAUUAGAGACUGCCUGAAACAAAAAAAGGGUGAUUUUUUAACCCAUAGAAGCAGUGGAGGGCAACAUUUUCAUAGAACACAGUUCAUUUCAAAUAGUCUUCAUUUGAUAUUCUUUAGGACAGUACGAGCUGGUAGAGCCAGGAAGAAUGCCAGUCAGUGUGGCUGCCCACAUUGUUGCAAGAGCCCUCUUGAGCAACUUAGUGUCUUAAGGAGCUCCAAAAUCUCCUCGUUUAUUUGAAGUAAGAGUCACAAGUGACUUCAUUGAUCUCUUUUGAUAACUUCUAAGUAGAGGUGUGUUAGUACAGGAAAAAAUUUCAGAAAAGAAUGUAAUAGAACAGAUCAUGUUUAUUAUUAAGAUAAUAACCAAUAAAUUUGUUGACUCUUUUAUCUUCAAUUUCACUUUUGAGCCAGUGACUCUGCCAUCAAAACGAGAUUUGGCUUGUCAAAUCUGAAAAAUCGCUCACGGGGCCAGUGCCUUUUCUCCUUUGAGGACUAGCAAUGACUAUUAAUGUUCAAAGUACUGUUGUCCAGAAUAGCCUUUUAAACUACUAACAGCUUGUAUUUUGUCAGACAACUUCUGCUAACUAGGUAUAUUCUCCUUCAGUGAAAAGCUGCCUCUUUAGUUUUUCAUGUUUCAUGCCACUACAACAAAGAACACUAUGGAUUUGUAAUGGAAAGCAGCUAUGCUGGUUUUGGAAAAAAAAAAAUCUCAGUUCAGUCUGUUUUGAUCCGUUUUCUUUGCAGAGUUUUUAGGCACAGAAGCAAUUUGCUGCUCAGUACAAAGUCAGAGAAAAGAAAUCGCAGGAUAUGGCAUGUACAAUUGUUUCCUUUUGUAUAAUAGAACCGGUGCUAUCUCAUCUUCUUCUUGUUUUGAUUGUUUGCAAAAUACUGUCCUGGGACCUAGAAGAAAGUAAAAAUACUGGUUUUCUGUUUACUUUCUGUACAACCCUGACUUUAUAUUAUCUGUCUUGUGGUAAUCAUUCUAGAUUUGAGUCAACCUCUUUUUUGUGUGUAGGCCUUAAACAAGAAAGAGAACAAUUUCUCUCUUGCUUUUCAGUUGAACAGCUUAAUAAGGAAUGAAAAGAAUGGAAAAAUAUUAUAGUCAUACUCUAUUAAUUAACAUGGUUAUUCUUUGUUGUGCUGUUAUGCUUAUAUUUAAGUGGUGCAAAAGUAUUUCAUCAUAUCUUUUUCUUUUCUGUGUCUUAUCAAAUAAGGGCCUGAAGUUUAAAACUUUGUCUUUUUAAAUAGGUGUUUUCAUGUUUUUACACAGACGUGCUGCUGUAGUGCUGUAAGAAAAAAGCUAAAAACCUGUCAAUGUCUUUUGUUUCAUUUGGUUGAAUUUCUCAGGUAGAAAGCCAUGUAACCUGGUGAUUUCGAAAAUAAGAACCAAAUAAAUGUAUUUUUAUUUGCUGUCCAACUAUUUGAAUUGUUAAUUUUUAAAUCAAUGCUGAUAAUUCUACUGCGGGGGUGGGGGGGGAGAUUUCUCCCUGUAGUAUGCUGCUUUGCACUAAUGUUGCUCAUCUUUGAUCUCAUUUGCAUUGUUAGAGAAAUAAUAUUUAAUUUUCAGAUAUAUUAAAGAUAAAAUUGUCAUAUUGACCCUUGAUUCUUUGAUCGUUUAUAUGAAUUGGUUAGAAUGCCACACAACUAAGUAGCUUU